CAUUUUACAAACUCCAAAACCUGAAACAAAAUUUUAAAAAAAGCAAAACAAGUUUUUUUGAAAAGCACUAAAAUGCAAAUGUAUCAAUGAGACUCAUUGUGUCCAUAUGUGAUAAAGACUGAAAACUGUUAUUUUUUUAUGUCUGUUGUUCACAGCUUUGACAAAGAUGGAAGUAGUAAUGUUGAAACAUGCCACUUGUAUAUUUCAGCAAUGUGCGAGUUAAAAAAUUAAAUAAACUUUAGUCUAAAGUGCAAAGUUUGGAUGCUGUUUUGGGAGACUUUUGCUUUUAACAUUGUUAAUUUUCUAUAGCUUAAAAUGUAUGAUGCUUAACCACAAAGUUUUCCAGUUGCAUAAAUUCACAUUUAGUCAAACACAUAGUCCUCAUUUCCAUGUAGUUGAUUGUUUUUUUGUAGUAUAGCUCAACGUAAAUUGGCUCGUUGAGAUGGUGCUAUUCUCAGUACGUUUUCCAUAAUUAUGUCACAUAGUCGGAGUGAACGUUUGGAUAAUUUGGAGUAUUGGAGACUGACCUGAAAACUGUCAGGUCAGUCUCCAACACUGAGGAUCAGAGACGGUGAUGUGUCUCCGUGCAUCUAAAACUUUGUCUUCCUGAAGCAGAGGAGAGGGGUGGGAGCCACGCUGAAUAAUGUAUUCAUGCUUGGGUAGUGUACUCACCACAGAGUGAAUAAUGGAUGAUCCCAUCACAGGUAACCUCACAGGCGCACACUUAUCUUUCUCUUACCGACACCCGUGUGUGAGCGUGUAUGUGUGUGAGCAAAUCAUGUGUGAAUAAAUGAAAGAAAUCAAGUACAGCAGUUUAAAUUUGUACCAAUCUAUUCUUAUUCUCUUUAAACUUUUAAUAGCUCUGGUGUCUUUUUGCCGCGUUAGCUCGUUUUUGUGUCUGGUGAUUGUGAUACCGACGUCUAUCCAGAUAUUUUACAUCACUAUGAAGCUCCUCUUACAUAAAAGUCGGUGUGGUGUUUCAUGUCAAACCGUGCCUUACUAAAGUACCGUUUCCCCUUAAACCUUUUCACCUAUUCAUUCACUACAACCACAAACUUCAAUAACUUUAUUAGGAUUUCAUGUAAAAGACCAAAACAAGAUUGUGAAUAACUGUAACGGGGAUCUGAAACAAUUUUUCUUCUUCUUACUUUUUGUUUUACAAGUAGAAAUUUGAGUUGCGGCUUCUGAGGUGUUUUCCUUGCAGGAUCGCCUUGCAUGUUUAUCCAUCCGUUUCCCCAUGAACUCUUACCAGCAUCCCUGCCUCUACCGCCAAGUUUCAAGGUCGCCAAUGUUUGCUCAGUUUGUUGUGCUUCUGCCACACUGCGUUUUUCACGCAGGCCACAUGUUUGCCACUGUUGUAAAUUUUUUUAGUGCUCAAUAAAAAGUCGUCCAAUCGACAGAUAUUCUACCUGAGCUGUGGAUCUCUGCACCUCCUCCAAAGCUUCCUCUGAGCUGCACUGUUUUCAUUUUGUGAAGCUGAAUUGGAUAAAUUGGUAAAAUGCUCAACGCAGGCACAAGAUGUACUGACUGCAGGUUCGUGGGAAGGAGGAACUAUGUUCACAUGUAGCGAUCAGAUUCUGGCCUGGUGUCACAUUUCUGUGAGCGGGUGGCUGGAAUUUGAGAUCACGCUGUUGCGUCUGCCUGAUUGUCCAUUCUUUGUGAAGGAGUGCUAAAAUGUCAUUACACGCGACACAGAAGCAGCUUCUGGAAACACAGUUUUGAUCUCUGGCCUGAACAUCUCCGGAUCUCCAGACGGGACAGGAAGCGACCCAUUUAAGACCAUCACCGCAGCUGCCAUCGAUAUGCAAAGUGUUUUAGGUCGCCCAUCGGGGAGGCAUAUCCACUGACAGGCACAUUAUUACUCAUUGGCCACACUUCCGGAGAUUGUGUUUCAGGCGUUAGGGAGCUCCCGAGUCAUCCUCCAGGCGUUUAUGUCACUUGUGCGUGCUUCUGUGUCUGUCUGCCAUCGGAGGAGAGGCCACUCACCUGCAGGGAGAGAGAGGACACUGAGGACCUGGAAGGGGUCUCUGCUGCAUGAGAAGAACGGGAAACCGUGCACAUCGACUGCCAAAAGAUGUCACACCAAACUGGGAUUAUCGCUACAGCCGAGCUCAAACAGUUCUUGGCUCAAGCGAGAAGAGGUUCCAUCAGAAUAAUGAAGAUCAUAAUCAGCAAUGAGGAGCUGGUGUUGGAUUCGUUCAGAGAGCCGGUGCAGAGCUGGGACCAAGACUACGAUCAGUUUGUGCUUCCUCUUCUCACGCCUCAGGAGCCCUGCUACAUUCUUUACCGCCUGGAUUCCCAGAAUGCACAGGGAUACGAGUGGACAUUCAUCGCAUGGUCACCUGACCAGUCACCAGUGAGGCAGAAGAUGAUGUACGCUGCGACCCGUGCCACACUGAAGAAAGAGUUUGGAGGAGGUCACAUCAGAGACGAAAUGUUCGGCACAGUCGAGGACGAUCUGUGCUUUCAGGGAUACAUGCGCCACCGUUCCUCCUGCUCCUCUCCAGCUCCUCUGACAUCGGCCGAGCAGGAACUACAACGGAUCAAAAUCACAGAGGAUAAAGUUGUCUGGGAUGAACGGAGAAGAAUUGGAACCCCAACGGCGCGAGCGAGGGUCACAAUGGAGUUUGGUUUAGACAAGAGAGCACAGACUCUUCAGGGUCUCGCGUUCCCUUUACAGGAAGAUGCCAAACGAGCUCUGCAGCAGCUCAAGCACAAACGCAUCAACUACAUCCAGCUGAGGCUGGAUGUAGAAAGAGAGACGAUUGAGCUGGUUCACACCAAACCCACAGAAACCCACGAGCUUCCCUUCAGGAUCCCCACAGACUCCCCACGAUAUCACUUCUUUGUCUUCAAGCAUUCCCAUCAAGACCAGCUGCAUGAGGCGCUGGUGUUCAUAUACUCGAUGCCUGGCUACACCUGUAGUAUCAAGGAGCGGAUGCUGUACUCCAGCUGUAAGAACCGGUUACUGGACGAGGUGGAGCGAGACUACCAGCUGGAAGUCACCAAGAAGAUGGAAAUAGAUAGCGGCGACGGUCUGACAGAAGACUUCCUGUACGAGGAGGUGCACCCAAUGGAGCACACCCUGAAGCAGGCCUUCGCUAAGCCCCGAGGCCCAGGAGGGAAGAGGGGCAACAAGCGCCUCAUCAAGGAAACAGGAGAGAACGGGGAGGAAAAUUAGACAUUGCACCCAUUAAUCAUAUCCACAGAAAUUUAGAAAUGUUGAAGAAAUGAUCUUCUGUUUCACUACUAACCUUCAGGCCACUGAUUCUCUAUUUUUAUUUCAAUACAAAGUUUUUAAAGUGAAACUGAAUGAAAUGUAGCUCUCAGAUACAUUUCCCUCCCCAUCUGAAUCUUCUGCUGUCAACACACAGCCAAGGUUUUUACACAUCAAACAUCUGAAACUGAAUAUUACCGCUAACUAUAUAUUUAACCCCAAUUUGGCCUGUUGUUAAUGUUGGUGCAGCAUAUUUGUGGAAAUUUGAAGGCCUUUAAAGAUGUACAGUACACUCAAUAGUUAUUGUUAACCGUGCAGGAAACCUUGCAGCAAAUCAAUCUUUUAUCUCAGUAGUAGGAGAAAACAAACAAACUUUAAUUUUAUUACAUUUAUUCAGUGGAGAAACACAGCUGGAUAUAACUAACCCCACACUGCUUGUGUAAAAUAAAUGCUAUGAAAGCAUAUUUUCUACUCAAUGUUUCAAGUUUGUUAGACAUGUAGGAACCUUUAAUCAGCAAUCAAUAACAUCCUGUAUUCCUUUGGUAUAAAUAUAUUGUAACACAGAAGUAAAUUUUUCCUUAGCCUCUCUUCAAAACUACAAAGACACUAAAGUGUUUUUUUCUUAUCCUCCAAGUCAAAAUGUCGCCAUAAUUGUAGAUCUAAUUGGUUUUUAUAAUGUGCACCUGAUGUGAUCCCACUGUGACUGAUUUUUCAUUAUCUCUCCAAAAACAAAACACAUAAAUAAAAAUGUACAAAAGUUUAAAACAACUGCAAAUGGCUGAAAGAUGAUCUAGGCUUAUCUCGUCAUCAUGCACAGAGAGCAGGAAAUUAAGGAAGGAAAAAAUAAAUCUCUUAAGCUCUUGCGGUCACCAAAUCUCCGUGGCAACCAUUAGAUGCUAUCUGCAUGCCAACUGGUGGUUUGGGAGACACGCUGAGAAAAAAAGUCUUUUCUCUCCUCACGUCCUAAUUGUAAAUCGGUGGAGUUUGCUAAACGCCGCCUGAGCUUUGACUGGUAAGAUGAGACAAUAUUGAGCUUUUCAAGAACAAAUACUUUUGUCUGAUGUAAAACAAAGGAAGAAAACGUGGGAAAGUCCCUCACUGCUAAGCACGGUGUAGCCUUGUGCUGCUGCGGGAUUGUCUAUCUUCAAAAGGCCUGGAGAAUCUUGUCAGAAUGCACAACAAGAUGAACUCUUUGAAGAGUUUAAAUAAGAGCCACACAUUUAAAUUAGUUGUCAUUACAUCUUUCAGUAGCUUAAGGAGCCAGAUCAACACAGACAUUGUUUGUAAGACACUAAACAACCUGCCUUUCCUUGGUAAUCUACAUUCCUAGAUGGAUGAUCUACGUCAUGAAGAUUGUGCAAAGAGGAACGGUCAAAGAUUAACAACAGGGUUGGCAGUUAGUGAGGACUGGCGACUGAAAAAUAAGAAAAAAUAUCAAAAACAUUGAGUUUUUCCUCCUUCCUGGAAUAGCUGUAGUUCCAAAGGCUUGUCCUACUUUCUGCGUUUUCUGUAAAAUAUUUAUUUCUCUGGGUCUGCAUCACCAUGAGACAGAUUUUUGUAAAACAUGACAAUUGCUAGUUUAAUUAAUAAUUAAUUUAUCUUGGUAGCAGACUGUGCAGACACCGUGACAAGAAAUGUUGCAGUGAUUUCCAAAAUACAGAAACGUCUGUCUGCAGUUUAUGAAUUAAAUUGUUAGUAUUAAAAUAAUAAAACAAAUCUACAUUUUAAUUUCAGGGACACAUAAAAAAGAUGGCAAACUGUUGCAGAUUCUGGUUGAAAGAUUUCAGCACUGUUAAUGGCUAAUAUUCACUUCUAAACCCCAGAACUCGUGAUUUCAACACACACUUGUCAGGUUGUUCUCAAUUAAUGGAACCACACUGGUGUGGGUCAGGUCCAGUGGGAUUUUUCCAGUUGGAAAAACUGCUGAAGUCCUGGAAAACAUGCAGCAAAAGCAGCAAAGAAGAGAACCUGGUCACAGUGACAUGGUGAUGUUUCACAAGAUGGCGCUUUGCUCUUUAAAAUCUCGGACUAAAAAAUUCUUUGGAGAUUUCUUUAAACUAAUCAGAGGCGCUAUUAUGAAAAUUUGGGAAAAACAAUCUGAUUCAAAUGAAAACCUUGCCUGGGGGUUUCUUUAUUUUUCCCCAAAACUUUCUAUUGCUUUGCUGAAAUAAUUGAUUCCCUUCUCUUAUUUUAAGCCCCAGAAAACCAACCUAAAGCACAGAUUUUUAACAUCUUUUUGCAAACAGUUUUAAAUUAUUGAAGCAUUUUUCCUGUGAUGUAAAUGUGUUUUGAUUGAA